GGGCCGGUGCCGGCAGUGUCAUGGCGGCGCCGCUGCGGGACCGGCUGAGUUUCCUAAGCCGGCUGCCGGUGUUGUUGCGGGGCACGGCCGACGACGACACCCCCUGCCCUGGGUACCUCUUCGAGGAGAUCGCCAAGAUCUCCCACGAGUCCCCCGGGAGCAGCCAGUGCCUGCUGGAGCAUCUCCUCACACGGCUGCAGAGCAGCUCCUGCCACGUCAAGCUGAAGGUGCUGAAGAUCCUGUUGCACACCUGCUCCCAGGGCUCCCCCCAGUUUGUCCUGCAGCUGAAGAGGAACGCCAGCUUCAUCCGAGAGGCCACAGUGUUCUCUGGGCCCCCAGACCCCCUCCAUGGCAACAGCUUGAACCAGAAGGUGCGGGCGGCUGCACAGGACCUGGCUAGCAUCCUGUUCUCGGAUGCACCGCUGCCACAGCCCCUGGCGCUGCCCGCCCGGCCCCCAGCCCCUGCAGGGAUGGGCUCCAGCCCCAGCCCCUGUGGCUCCCUGCAGGGAUUCGGCUUCAGCAGUGACAGAAACAGUCCUGCUUCCACAGGAGAGGCCUUGCUGAGCAGCCUCCAGCGAGCAGCAGAGGCCGUGGCCCAGGCCGUGCUCCCGGCACCGGGGAGGCCUCAGCGGCUCCGUGGGGACCUCCCCGAGGACACCUACGAGCCUGUCCGAGCUCCAUCCCCUGCCAGCAGCCCGGCCGUGCCACCCCCAACUCCUCCGGCACCGCGCGGAUCCCGAGUGAGCCACCAGCCGGGGCUGGCCGGGGGCGGCUGGGAGGAGGCAGACAGCGGGCACAGCUCCCGGGAAUCCUCACAGGGCAACGAGCGGAGCCGCACCUCGGACUCGGGCAGCAAAUCCGGCAGCGACAGCCGCUCUGGGGCCAGCCGGGAGCUGAGCCACGGGGCUGAGAGCAGGGUGGAUGCUGACAGCCCGGGUGACUGCCGGAGGGAGCUGAGCCUGGUGUCAGGACUGACACGUGGGGCCAGGGUCUUCCUCACCAGGGAGGAAUCUCAGCACUUUCUCAAGGAGACUCCUUUCUCCUGCUCCAACAUGAAGAGCACCCGGAGCUGCUGCUCCGUCCAGAGCUCCGACGUCGCAGACCUGAUCCUGACCGGGCUCCCGGCGCCAGUGUCGCGGCGCCCCGGCAGCGCCUCUCCUGCCAAGCUCGUGGCACGCUCCGUGUCCGUGGCUGCCGAUGGCAAAGCCAAGAGGAACGCCCCGGAAAAUGCGGGAUCCCGGGCCAUGAACAACCUACGCAGGUCCAACAGCACCACCCAGGUGAACCAGCGGGUGAACAGCUCACACAGCUUGGAGCAGACAGCAGACUUCCUGGCCUUCUUUGAGGGCGAUCCAGGAGGAAGAAGAAAACUGGCAGCUCUGAGCAAAACCUCUCCAGAAAAGAAAACCACAUGGAAUAUCCUGGAUGACCAGCCCCGGGCAUUCCCAGGCCCCUCUGGCUCCCACAGCCUCGAGCCACCCAUGGGCAUGAGGAGGAAGGAAGCCACAGUGCUUCUGGCUGCCAACUUCACUGCCAACAACAGGAGCAACAAGGGAGCAAUGGGCAACUGUGUCACCACCAUGGUGCACAACAACUACUCUACUGCUGAGAAGGGCCCUGCUCCCAAGAGCUCCAACCAGGCUCCCAGUUCCCUCAACAAUGUUGUCAAAGCGACCUCGAAUGAGGAUGGGGAAGGCAGCAGCAGCUUUGUGAAGUCUCAGAAGAAUUUUUCCAGCAACAACAUCAUGACCCACAACAACAACAGCAGCAGCAGCAGCAGCAGAAGUGUUCCCCAGAGGAGGGAGGUGACUGAAGAGGAGGCUGAGAGGUUCAUCCAGCAGGUGAACCUGGCUGCUGUCACCAUCCAGCGCUGGUACCGGCGGCACUCGCAGCGUCACAGGACAGCGGCUGCGGCUCUGGGGCGCCUCAUGGCUGCCAAGAGAGAGGAAAGGCAGCGGCGGAUGGAGGAGGGGAAUAUCCUGGAUUUGCAGGAGAAGAAGGACGAGGAACGCCGGAAGAUCCGAGAGGAGAAGGCACGCCUGGCCAGGCAUGCUGCCAUCCAGGAACUGCAGCAGAAAAGGGCCCAAAAGGCCUCAGAGGCAAAACACUCUCCAGAAGAGCUGGUGCUUGUGAAGGAGAGCAGGAGGGUGCCCAAGAAGAAGCUUGGUGCCAAACAUGCCUCAGCCAGGAAUGUCAGCCCGGCUGGCAGCCUCACCAAAGCCAACAAUGCUGAGGCCAAUUCCCCCCUGGCAGCUGGGGAGCCUGAAGGGAGCAGCCUGGGAGCUCUUGAUUCUGUGCCCUCGCAGGACCCCAGGGCAGAGGAGAAACUGCAGGAUGCGAGCUCCAAGGAGAUGGGUAACGAGGACCCGGAGACAGCAGUGACUGCUGGCAGCAGGGCUCCAUCCAAAGUCACACUCAAUGAGCUGCUGGACACACUGCGGCUGCUGGAGGAGGAACCAGAGCUGCUGCCCCCACCCAAGCUCCUCAAGAAGGACAAAUAUGCCUGGAUGGAUAGGGAGCCCAGCUCCAACUCCCUGACUGCUGAUAACUUGGAGAAGUUUGGGAAGCUGAAUCACCCUCCAGGGGUCCCUGAGGAUGGGGCUCUGCUCUCAGAGGCCAAGCUCCAAAGCAUCAUCAAUUUUCUGGAUGAGAUGGAGAAAUCAGAGCAGGAGAGGCCCAGGUCUGCUGCCUCAGCCACGCAGCGGGAGGGCUUCCUUUUGGAAGAGGAGCUGGCUCACGUGGAGCAGGUGUCAGCUGUUGCCACAGAGGUGACAAGUUCCAUGAUGAGGCUGAAGCUGGAAGUGGAGGAGAAGAAGAGAGCCAUCAGCCUGCUUCAGACUGCUCUGACUCAGCAGAGGGAGCUGACUGACCGACACAUCAAACAGACUGAGAAGGAGCUCGGCCACCAGCUCAGGCUGCAGAGGGAGCAGUAUGAGGCAGCUAUCCAGAGGCACCUGGCCUUCAUUGACCAGCUCCUCAGUGACAAGAAGGUGCUGAGUGAGAAGUGUGAGGCCGUGGUAGCAGAGCUGAAACAAGUGGACCAGAAAUAUGGCCAGAAGAUCACCCAGAUGCAGGAGCAGCAUGAACUGGUCUGGCGCACUUUGGGCCCCUUUUGUGAGGAGAUUAAGAAACUGAAGGAACUCAUGAGCGCAACUGAGAAAAUCCGACGGGAGAAGUGGAUUGAGGAGAAAACCAAAAAGAUUAAAGAAAUCACAGUGAAAGGGCUGGAGCCGGAGAUCCAGAAGCUGUUGGCCAAGCACCGUGAGGACAUCCGGCAACUGAAGCUGCUGCACGAGGCCGAGCUGCUGCAGUCGGACGAGCGGGCGGCGCAGCACUACGAGCGGCAGGCACAGGAGCUGCGGGGGCUGCUGGAGCGGGAGAGGGAGGAGCAGAGCCAGAGGGAGCGGGAGCGGGCCCGGCAGAGGUGUGAGCAGCAGCUGGAGCAGGAGGAGCAGGCACUGGAGCUGCAGCGGCGCCGGCUCUAUGCUGAGGUGGCCGAGGAGAAGGAGAGGCUGAGCCAGCAAGCAGCCAGGCAGCGAGCAGAGGCAGAGGAGCUGCAGCGGCAGCUGGAGGCCAACAGCUCUGCCCUCACCCGGGCACUGCGGGACAAGUACACCAAGGAGAAGGAGGAGCAGGAGAGGCAGCACCAGGCAGAACUGAAGGUGCUGAAGGACCAGCUGGAGCUGGAGAAGCAGGCCUGGGAAGCCAACUAUGUGAAGAAGGAGGAAGCUUGGCUGCUGUCUCGGGAGCGGGAGCUGCGGGAGGAGAUGAGAAAGGAGAGGGACAAAGAAAUCGAGCUGGUGAUCCAGCGCCUGGAGGCUGACACGUCCUUGGCCAAAGAGGAAUGCGAGAGGGCAGCAGAGAACAGGAUCAAGAGGAUCCGGGACAAGUACGAGGUGGAGCUGCAGGAGCUGGAGCGGUCGGAGAGGAAGCUGCAGGAGCGCUGCAAUGAGCUCAAGGGGCGGCUGGCUGAGCUGGAAGGGGAGAGCAGCCGGCUGCAGGGCCUGCUGAAGCACAAGGAGCAGGAGGUGGAGGAGAUCCGGAAGGAAUUUGCAGACAGGCUGGUGGGGACAGAGGAGGAGAAUACGCGGCUGAAGGCAGAGAUGGCAGAGCUGAGGGCCCGGCAGCACCUGGAGCUGGACAGGCUGGUGCAGGAGAAGAACCGAGAGCUGGAGGAGGUGCACAGGAGGGUGAAGGCGGCGGUGCUGAGGAAGGAGGAGAGCAUGAGCAGCCUGCGGAAGCAGUACGAGGCAGCUGUGCAGAGAGCCAACCUCCUGGAAUGCCUGCUGGAGCAGCAGCGGCAGCUGGCCAUGGAGUGACCGUCCUGCCAGGCAGGGAGCGGGGCUGGGGCUGUGCUCAGGCUCUCCCCUCCCUCUUGUUCUCCACAGCCUGGUCCCAGUGCUGUGGCCGUGCUGGGACACUUGGUGACCUUCAGAUGUAUGGGAGUUUUGUUCUGGUAAUAAAUCCCUUCUGGUUUCUAA